CAGGUGCUGUGGAAAAACGGGGAGGAUUCGAGGAAGAAAGCAGAGCAGUUCCUUCAUGUUUUUAGCCGUGCGUGUGUGAAAUGGAGAUCUCUCAGGAGGCGAUACUGAGGGCGCUGACAGAAGCUGGCGGGCAGGUGAAGAACUCGGAGUUACUGGCUCGGUUCAAAGCUCCGCUGAACUGCAGCGAUCCGGCGGAGAAGAAACAGAACCGAUACCUCUUUAAGACGUUCGUCAACAACAUUGCCGUUGUGAAAGAGAACGAAGAGGUCAAGUACAUCGCCCUGAAGAAGAAAUAUCACCAUUUGCUGACGCAGUCCGGUGAUGGCAGUGCCCAGGACAGGGAGUGCGAGGAAGGUCAACUGGAGAAAGCGGGACAACACCCAGCAGGAGAGGAAAACAGGGAGGGCAGUCGUGCUGAAGGCGAAGAAGCUAAGGCACCUGGCCCGAACAAGCCAGAAGAGCAAGUUCAGCCAGAUAAGGAAGAUGACACCCCAAACAACAGCCAGCCACUCUGUCCCAUAGAGCUGGCCUUCGAAAGGAUCAAGUCUGUGGACGUCAAAGCCAAGAGGUACUUACAGUUUGUGGUGCCGCUCAAGUCGAGCGCAGAUGACACUCAGCAACUUGGACCUAGAAAGAGCCAGGCAAGCACCAACAAGCCGUGUGCACUGCCGUUAAGAAUGCCUCCAGUGGUCAUCACUCCUUGUCCUGAAGUGAAUACCACCAAAGAGCAUUUGGCACCAUCAAGGUCAAGGCUGGAGCCUCCUAGUUCACCCAGAUAUAAGAGGAGGCCGUCUACGGACAGCAUGGCAGGCGCCAGUUCACCACAAACCAGGAGACACUGCAAGAGCAUCAGGCCGGUUGAUGAGCUCAAAUACGGCGACAUGUUCCCACUAGAAACCACAGAGCAUGAGUGGCUGGUGUCGUCCGCAGUGGGACACUGGGGUCUGCUGUAUGGCCACCUGCUCAAUGACACUCAGCUGGCAGAGAAGAGGGACUUUGUGUCCGGCUUCACGGCCCUUCACUGGGCGGCCAAGUGCGGCAACAGCGACAUGGUAUGUAAACUCAUCGAGCUGUCCAAAGAGAAGGGCAAGGGGGUGGAUGUGAACAGCAAAUCUUUUGCUGGUUACACGCCGCUGCACAUUGCUGCUCUGCAUGACCAGGAGUACAUCAUGAAACUCCUGGUACAGCGCUAUGGAGCGGAUCCUAAUGUCCGGGACAACUGCGGCAAGAAGCCACACCAUUACCUGCACAGGGGUGUAUCCGUAGAGCUGCGGGAGCUCCUUGGAGCACCGAAGGUCAAAGCUCAAGGCCCAGAGCCGCAGAAGAGCGCUGAGGAGCCUGAGGCGCACAGACACUCCCACACCAUCAGCAGACUCUUCCAGCCGCAUACAAUCGGGUACAAGAAGAAGCCCAAGAUCAGGGGCUCUUUCCUGUCUGUGGCUGAGGAAGGGAGGGACGAGAGGGAUGAGCACCCUUCACCUAUGCACAGGGUUCUGUCUGAUGUGUUUUCCUAAGCAUUACUUCUGCUAAAUUCAAAUUACUUCUGCUAAAUUCAUCAUUAACCCCUUGUAGUGGAAUUCCACCUAUUUCUCAAAAUGUCUCCAUAAUUCAGUCUUCAAGGGCCUACAGGCAUUUGUCUUGUCUAUUAUUUUAUCCCUUAAGGUCCACUUUAAUAUAAUUUGGGUGGGAUUAUAUACCAAAAAUUUUUACACAGCCAUUUUCCAAUCGAGUGGUGAUAGGAACCAGACGUUUGAAGAGUUUAACGCCUCCAAAACCUCAUGCCUGUAAUGCAUACCACCUCAUGCCUGUGAUAUAAUUUAGAGAAUAGGAUUUGGCCUAAAACAUUUUUAAACACAGUCAUUGUGGAGACAUGCAGGCUUUGUGAGGCAAAAUAGUCUGCAAAAAACGUAUUAUUUUCAGAUUUAUGACUAUUUUAUCAUUAUGAAAAUUACAUAUCGAAACUCAGAAGAUGUGUUUAAGUCCACUAGUGGUUUUGAAUAGUAAAUAAAAUGGCUGUAUAUCACUAUGAGCCUUUCUCCACAAUUUUCUCCAUCAUUUUACAUUAAACCACUCUGAAUGACUUGGUUUACAUAUGGAAUUCCUCUUUAAACUCUAAGGGUCCGUAUGUAGGUUCACACAUUGACCCCUCACUGUCUUGACUACAUAACUGACAUAUUAGAUACUGAAUAGUUACUGAGUAAUAAGAUUUUAGAUAAAUAAGAGAGCACUAAGACCAGAGUUCAAGGAGUUAACCAGGUAAACUGCAGUAAUAACUGCAGUAUUCAGUUGGCAAUUUGGAGACCUGUGGAGUACUGUGAAUUAUUUUGUGUCACAACAAAUCGACUUGGAUCGAUCAUGAAAUCCCUAAUUUCAGUACAAUAUAAAUUUGAUUUGUUAUUCCCACUUUGAGAUAUUUAUUGAAAAAAAAUGUACUGGAAAAAAAGUGUCAUUCAGCAAUUUGUAUCAAAGUCAAAAUAUCCGUAUUGGUAUGGGUGUUAACCGUUUGGUUAAUUUUGAAUGGUAUCCUGCCCUAGUCAUGAGGAACUGAGCUGGCUUGCAAUUUGAGUUGUCAAAUAUCCAUUCCUUCGCCAGCAGACCUCAAAUUCGUGUUCUGCCGAUUUGUAAACAAUGCAAUGUUCUCCAAAAUCUGCUUUUUAAAUGUAGAUCUUUAAACUGAAGUAUGAUCUUGAUGCAGGUGAUGCAUCAUGAUGAUUUUAGCUCAAAUUUUAUCAAAUUGUUUUCAAAAAUCAUUGAAGAAUGAAGUGAAAUAAACAAAUUCAUGCUUAAAAAUCA